AUUUCCUCUAAAGGGUAGGUGUUCUUGCUAGAUCUGUCAUUAUUCAUUCUGUUUCAUUUCCAACCUUAAUAAUCUUGACAUCUAACCUCAACAAAAAUUAAAAUAAACCCUAAGUUUUUCAAGAGGGAGUUCGAGUUGCGAAUUGUAGUGCACAGAGUCCCAUCUAUUUUCCUAUUAGACGAGCAAGGUAUCGUUGUCUCGUAAUCAACCAUGUUUACCCGAAUUUUUGGUAAACCUAAACAAGAAGCCAAUACUCUGACGACCCUGGACAAAUUAAACGAGACACUUGAAAUGUUAGAGAAAAAAGAGAAAGUACUUCUUAAAAAGGCCGCAGCAGAAGUUGAAAGGGCCAAAGAGUUCACCAGAGCAAAGAAUAAAAGGGCGGCGAUUCAGUGUUUGAAGAGGAAGAGGCUAUAUGAACAGCAAAUAGAACAGCUUGGAAAUUUUCAGCUGCGUAUUCAUGACCAGAUGAUAAUGUUGGAAGGUGCCAAGGCUACCACUGAAACAGUUGAUGCAUUGAGAACUGGUGCAGCUGCUAUGAAGGCUAUGCAAAAAGCAACGAAUAUUGAUGAUGUUGACAAGACCAUGGAUGAGAUCAACGAACAGACAGAGAACAUGAAACAAAUUCAGGAAGCAUUGUCUACUCCCAUUGGUGCAGCAGCUGAUUUUGACGAGGAUGAAUUGGAAGCAGAACUUGAAGAGCUGGAGGGUGCUGAAUUGGAAGAGCAGCUUCUUCAGCCGGCAACUACAGCUCCAGCAGCUCCAGUGCAUGUUCCUGCUGGGCGACAACCCACUCGCCCUGCAUCCUCAAAGCCCACUGCUGAGGAAGAUGAGUUGGCAGCUUUGCAGGCUGAGAUGGCACUUUGAGCAGGUCCCUUUUCUCAGCUGCGACACUAUUGAUUUAUGCUAUAUUCAUUAAUCUGUUUCAGUUUGGUUGGUAUUGCAAUCAAUGUGCAGUUGAAUGGUUUGUGUGUGCACCAGUUCGAUAUCAACCUUUGCACAGUUGAGUUCACUUGUAUAAUCAUAGUUUGGAAUGAAUCGUCUAAAGUUGCUUCUCAGGAAAAGUUUGACAACCUUAUUUUACGCAUUUCUUAUUGAUUUUGCUGCUGGCUUUGAUUAAGCUAGAACUUUGCAGGCAUUUACGUGCAUGAUCUUGUAAAAACAGUGACACGGAGAAUUCUGCUCCCUCUCAUGCUUGCUUAUCUAUGAAAUUAUUAAGCAGACCAGAAAUGUAUAUAAAGGUUAUUAAAUUCAAUAACCCUUUAAAACUUCUA